AUGACGGUGUCUGAAGAGAUGGCAACGGAACUGGCGAAUAAAAAGGCGGAGCGGGAGGCUCUCAGGGGGGUGAUACAGCAAUGGAACGCCAAUCGCUUGGACCUGUUCGAACUUUCGGAGCCCAACGAGAACCUGGAGUUUCAUGGCGUGAUGAGGUUUUAUUUCCAAGACAGCGGCCAGAAGGUCGCCACCAAGUGCAUCAGGGUCGCCUCGGACGCGACCAGUCAGGCGGUGAUAGAAACGCUCAUAGAAAAAUUUCGUCCCGACAUGAGAAUGCUGUCCGUCCCGGAGUACGCUCUUUACGAGAUUCACGAGAAUGGAGAAGAGCGUAAACUUGACUUAGAAGAAAAGCCACUGUUAGUUCAACUAAAUUGGCAUAUAGACGAUCGGGAGGGACGCUUCUUGUUGAAGAGGAUCGACGAUAAGACCAAUGCGCAGGGCGUCGGUUUUAAUUCAGCCGAGGGUUCUAGCUUCCGAAGAAAACUGAGCAAGCGGGAGAAGAAACAGAUCAAGAAGCAGGAGAAGCUUAGUCGACUAAAGAGCUUGGAGCAAGAUGAGAAUACGGUGCCUGGCGAUCAGAACGGUGUCGCUGAGAAGCUUUAUACUGAAUUGCCUGAGACCAGUUUUACGAGAAGUAUUUCGAAUCCGGAAGCGGUAAUGAGACGCCGCCGUCAACAGAAGCUUGAGAGGAGGCUCCAGCAAUUUCGCAGUAAAGACGGCGGUCCCGACACGGGCGGCACAUUGAAAAUUUAUGGCGAGGCGUUGUGCAAAGACGUGCCAUAUAAAACGCUGUUGUUAAGCGUACGAGAUUCUGCCGCACAGGUCGUGCGAGAGAUGCUUUCUAAAUACGGUCUGGAAAAAGUGGACCCGCAGUUAUAUUGCCUUGUACAGGUCAAUAGUGAAAACAUGGGUGGUAAUGCGCAUCAGGAAUAUAUACUGGACGACGACGAAUGUCCUUUGGCGAUAUUAAUGAAUCAUCCCUCUACACGAGGUUCUAUUAUGUUUCACGUGAGAAGGAGGCCUGCAGAUUAUAUGCCGCGGAAACGUAAAAAGAAACCUGCUGGAAAGUGGAACGAAUUAGAUCAUAGGUACGAGGACGAGAGGCUACCAUUCCUGUUGGAGCUUAAUCCUGACGGAAGCGAUAUUCCGAACGGCGCCGGAGUACGACACCGAUUACAACCAAAUGUCACGGAAGUCGGAUCGGAAAGACCGAUAGGGCCACAGGCGGUGCAAGCACAGACACUGACGCUACCAGGACCGACUGUGAUGCCCAGGCAUUGCGUUAUAGCUUUUACCGAGAAUAUUGUGACUCUCACACCGUGUUCCAGAGACGCGCACACGUAUGUCAACAACCAGAGGAUACACCAAACGACUAUUCUACAGAAUGGUGCUAUCAUCAAGUUCGGCAGAAUGCACACCUUUCGAUUCAUUGACCCGGCGCCGGAAGAUCGCAUUAGGCAGAGACAUGAUUCCAACAAACAGAUUGACUACGCUUACGACCGACGCUCGCCGGACGCGACCAGUCAAGACGUCAGCUCGGAGAAGUUUAAUCCGGGGUCUGGAACACCGAACGGCGGUGGUCAGAUCUCGGGGCAGACACAAGAACGCACAGCCCCGUCGAGUCCCUCGAAGUCCGCUGUCGCAGCAGUUCGUAGCCCUCGUAGUCCCACGCACCCACCGGAGCCCACGCACAAUUAUGAGACCACAUUCGAUCUGGAUGGAAACGUGGAGACCGCUAGUCUGAGCAGCAGCAGAGACGGCAACAGACUCUCACAAUACGAUCGGCAGCCGCGAGGCACGGAUCCGAUUUUGCCAGCUGUCUUGGAGUUUCUUGAGGAAACAGAGGAAACAUUUCUUCAUGCUGUCAUCACCGAUGUAGAGCCUUCAGCGCCUCAAUUCAAAUUGGCACCAACCUAUACUCUCUAUCUUAGCGCGAGAUAUCGCGCCAGUACUCACUACAGACCAGAAUUGCAGCCUACAGAAAGAGCGCAUCGACUCACCGUCAUGUUGGCAAAUGUCGCUACCAUGAUCCAGCGCGUUAUCCAGGAACGUUACAUGGAUGCAUCGUCGUUGGCCUUUUGGCUGGCGAAUGGCUCGGAACUGCUACACAUGUUGAAGAGUGAUCGACACGUGGGCGCAUUUUCUACACGAGCACAAGACAUCUUAGCAGACGCGGUGCAUACGGCCUUCGGUUCACUGGUGCGAUGUGUCACUUUAGAACUCACGCCGGCGAUGACGCAGUUCAUGGCGGACGCGGACGAACCAGCAAAGGAGGCUGGGGUGCUGCAAAUCUUUUCGAACACAAUGGCUUUAUUGCGACGAUGCAGAGUGAAUGCUGCGUUGACGAUACAGCUGUUCAGUCAUCUGUUUCACGCGAUCAACGCCACAGCCUUUAAUACUCUCGUCUCAAAUGGGAAUCUGUGCGUUAGAUGGUUUGGACGCAGACUUAAAGCGAGGCUGAAUGCAUUGGAAACCUGGGCUGAGAGACAAGGUUUGGAACUUGCCAGUCAAUGCCAUUUGGCGACGAUUAUGCAGGCGACUCAUCUAUUACAAGCUCCCAAAUACAAUGCUGAGGAGCUGGCCACGCUAAGCUCGACCUGCUUUAAAUUGAAUUCUCUGCAAGUGAGGGCGUUACUGCAGAAAUAUCAACCGGCCGCGGACGAGCCUAGAUUACCUGCUGAGUUGAUUGAGAACGUUGUGAGAGUAGCAGAGAGUGUUGCGGAUACACUUGCACGUGCAGAUGGCCGCGAAAUAAGACUUGAAGAGGAACCUGUCUUAGGGCUAGCAUUAUUACUUCCAGAGGAUGGCUAUAGUUGCGAACUAAUAAGAGGCGUGCCACCAGGAUUAGCGGAAUUUCUGGCACCUCUGCAACGAGAUGGUUUAUGUCGAAUGGCGGCCCAACCUACCAGUAGUGGCUAUUGGACCAUUUAUAUGAUAGACCAUCAUAACAAUUUGCGUAGUCCCAGCGCAAUGAGUAAUAGAUCAGGUGGCUAUAUGAGCCAUAUCAAUCAAAACCAAGCUCAACCUGAGAUACAUGUUAUUAAGUUACACAAGAGUACCAAUGGCAUGGGCUUAAGCAUAGUCGCAGCAAAAGGCGCAGGGCAGGACCGAUUAGGUAUCUACAUCAAAAGCGUUGUUGCUGGAGGUGCCGCUGAUGCUGAUGGUAGACUGACAGCAGGUGAUCAACUGCUCAAAGUAGACGGACAAAGUCUCGUCGGAAUUACGCAAGAAAAAGCUGCCGAAUAUCUUGUGCGCACCGGUCCAAUCGUGACAUUAGAAGUUGCAAAACAGGGUGCUAUAUAUCAUGGACUCGCAACGUUAUUAUCUCAACCUUCUCCUGUAAUGGGAAGAGAGCAUAAGACUCGACCAAGGUCCGAGCUCUUAGAGUCAGCGGUAGAGGCAACGGAGAUGACCAAUAAUCAGCCAGCCACGUCACACUCAAUGGGCGACUUAUUAUCCUACCCGAAGCAGGCACCAUGUCAGGAUUUAGUUCAACCAGGUGCGAUCCCGUCUCAAUGCAUUGUCGAGACAUCCUUUUACAGUAAUAAGGUCGACCGAAGUUUUCCACGAGUCGACGUCAACGAGUACCAUUCCGCGCGGCAAGCUCCGUACACCAUCUUCCGUCAGAGAGGCGCGUAUCCCGGUGUCUAUUCCGUCGAUGCGUACCGUGGUACUGUCAAUGAGAGAGAACACCUUUAUCGUCCUUCCACUCCCACCGUAUCUCCCGUACGUCUUCUGAAACCUCGUAUGCCCUGUCCCUUAAUCUCUAUCACGAGCGACAACGAAGUAUCGUCCAUCAUAUAUCAGGAUGAGAGUGACGAGAACGACGAUAAAAUUAUAGAGGAGGAAGAAAGUAACAUGGAACAGGGUGAAGCCGCGAUGAGUAAUUCGAAUUAUUCAACAGACGCUUUAAAUCCAUUCGAAAGAAUCACCACUCCGCCGCAGGAGUAUGCGGGAACUUCAAAAGAUUACAAACGGCUGAAACAGCCGUUGACUUUCGAUAGAAAUCUUUUCGAUGCUAUACCCUACAUUGACCAAAUUGAUGAUAUUAAUUUCACAGAUUCUUCUGAAUGUGUUCAGGUAAACCCGAAUAAGUGCGAACAAUGUAUUAAAGCCGGUUGUGACAACAAUUUUAAUCUUAAAGAUUCUCAAAAGCGUAUAGAUCGCAACAGCCAACAAACUUUAAAUGUUCCUGAAUUUAGUUUUGAAUUAGAUACACAUAGCAAUCUGAAUUUGUCAUCGACCACUAACCCUACAAAUGAAUCGGUAUUAUUCGUUAAAGACGUUGCUCCUGGAUCAGAUUCUCUUACAGAAUCUAAAUCGGAUGAUUUUUCAUGUUUUCAAACUGUGCAUAAUACCACGAAACGUACAUUGAAUAUUGAUGAACAGUGUGAGGAUAAAUUGGACAUUUCCAAUUCUGAAGACUGCGCGGAUGAGUCUAGUUCCACAAUUAACGAUGAUUGCGCGUCGAAUAGAGAUAAAGACGCUGAGGAAGGAAUUUCAACUCCUAAAAUGUAUACAAUAAUGCCAGAGUUGCAUCUUGAUCUGAGCGGAUUGAAUAGCGACGUGUCCAGUGACGAAUCCAAAACGGAGAAGUGCUGGAAAUCGCCGGAAGAGGUACGCCUAGGAUGCGGUAGAGUCGCGGCGCUUGCAAAACAUUUUUCAAAACUUGGCGACGCUGGUCUAAUCAAAUUCAAGUCGACCAAAUUGAACGGUUCCCGUCAGUUCGUGUCUGAACCGAAUAUCAUAACGUCGGACAAAAACGACGAACAUUUGCACCGGCCUUGUCACACACAAAAAGAAUACAAAUCGGACUCGGAUUUGAUAAAAGAAGGAGAUGAAAACUUUCGAAUUUGCUCAGGUGGGAGACGUAAUAACAUCAUUUUAGUUGAUGUUGAAGCGGACGGCAAUUUUGCAAUCGAAGAAUGCAAGUUUCACCAUUGCGGCGCUAGACGAGUCACAAUUGCCAGAAUUCCGAUAAACGAACAAGUUGAUACUAAUAAUAAAGAAAGUUUGAUUUCAGCAAUAGAAAAUCACAAUAAGAAUAUUAUUAAAAGUAAAAAUCAAAGUUUACUUGGUAUCAAGAAAGACGUAGCUUUCACAAAGAUAGAAAACAUAUCAAAUAAUGAUAGCAAAGAUCAAGUAUUUCUUGGCACCAAAAAAGACACAAUUUUUGCAGAGAUUGAAGAUGACAAUGUGGCAACUGACGACAAAUCUCAAACUUCUUUUACAGCAAAAAGUCGAAAAAAUGUGCCAGCUGAAAGAAGUAACAUCAAAGAUAGUAGCUCUAAACUUUCCUUUGAACAGCAGCAGGUAAUCACGGAACAACUCGAGCAAUUCUCAAAUCUGGAUAACGCCGAUGCGCCUUUAUUUAUACCGGAGCAAGAUCUGAUGCAAGUUUCUGUUGUUUCUACGAAAAAUGAAAGCGACGGAACGUCCGCUGUUGGCGAUUCGACCCAAUCAAAUUUGAUAAAUCAAUUAGAGGCGGUGCCUCGAGAGAAAUCGUUGUCGUUGAUCGAUACGGACGAUAACUUUCAACAAAAAAUGAAGAAACCUUCUAACUUUUCUUCGUCAUCCUCUUCGCUGCCUUCCGUUCGUUUUCCUUCACCUGCUCAUUCUCCCAUCGUGUUGUCGCUAUCGAAUGUUGCGAAAAGUUCUCUGUCUUUGGAAGAUGUCAGGUCACAGGUUCAUCAGUAUUGUAGGAAACAACCCAAAUGCCUGUUCAUAGACAUUUCUCGUUCUGCCGAUAAGAAUUGCUCCAAUGACAGUUUGUCGGAGAGCUCGUCGAUGCUUCCCUCAUGUGCAAAAUCACGAUUGGGAGAUAAUAAAUUGAACAUUCUGCGAAUGCGAAUUGCUAAACCUGUCUGUAAUAGCGAAAACAAUUCGAUCGACGCUACGAUUUAUAAAAAGGAAGAGAGUGAAAGAGCCGAUUUUCACGACAAGUCCACUAAGCUGACGCGAAGCUAUGAAAGUAUUUUAAACGACAAAGUUUUAUCUGAUUCUGAUGAUCAAACGCGAUCUUCUGAAAAUCUUUGCGAAAAUCUUGAUUCAUCUUGCAAAUUUUAUAACAGAUUGAUAUCGAGUCCCAAGGGAAGUGUGCGAUGGCAUCGUCAUCGUUCUCUCGAAGAACUGAAAUCGAAAAAAACAUCGAGGAAGCGAGACAAUUCGAUGAAUUUAGUUCAAACUGCUGAAGCUCGAACAAAAUUUGAUAAAUUUUUUGGCGAUAAAUUAGAUUCCGAGGAUGUAGAAAAUGUACGAUGGAAUUGUCACCUAUCGCUCGAAGAAUUGGAAUCAAAAAGAGAAUCACGUGAGCAUAGACAGUCAAAUUUAGGUCAAACUGCCGAAGUACAGAGAUCUGACUGUAUGCUGACAAAAAAUCUUUGCACAAAGUACAUAAGCUAUGAUCGAUUAAAAGACAACAAAUUUGAAUUGUCGCGUGGAAACGAGACAAAAGUGGAACGGAAUUCUCAGAGCGAGUUUAACGUUUCGAGACGGAAGUCCGAUUCGCAGAGGGACGGUUGGCACUUCCAUGAGAUCAGCUCACUAAAAGAUGAUGACCGGUCUGCCUUGCGUCCUCGUCGCAUGAGCGAGCGGGAUUUACCAUCGCGGCUUGGACACGACGCCACUCCUCAGCAAAUUCACAGCAGCAAGUCUGUGCCGGCAUUGCAUAAUAUGGGAACUGAGGUCAAGCAACAGCAUGAGGUAUUCAAUCCCGGAUAUAGCAGAGCUUCUUCCAGUAACAGCGUUACACCACCUGUUCAACCACCUCCUAUGGCGACAAUCACCAGUGGAACUUCUUUGCGUUCCAGGUCGAGCCAUAACUUACACGAUCCCAUGAGAAUCGGUACUUUACCACCUAGUGGCUUGGUUACCAGGCAGCAAUCAUCACCCAAUUUGAAUCCAAACGCGACACACACGAAUGCACCCUCGAAUGCACAGAGCACAGAAGCAGAACGAUUUUACCAAAACCUGAGUAUUUAUCGAAAUCAAGACUCAACGGUAAAGCAACAAAUCAGUCCACAACAGCCAGACGACAGGAACUCUCAGCAUAUUCAAAAGAGUUCCCUGAGGGGUUCGCAGAACUCAUUGAAUCGUCCGUCUAUAGAAAUUGGCGGUCACAUGCGAGACCGUCCGACAUCUGCAUACGUUCCUCAAGGUCAGCAGCAAAGCUAUUCAGCAAUCAAUAAUCAAAUGCAACAACACGGCGGAGGGCCACCACCGCGUUCACAAUCUUCGCGCGACAUUAUUCGGCAAGAAGCAAAGAUGCAGGAAAUGCAGGAAGAGGUUCGCCGACGAGAAUUACGCGCUGGCAUGCCUCUGCUUAAUCAACACAGACCGCCGGCAAUGUACAAUGUCGGCAGUCGAGUGGCGGUUCCUCCUGCUCAACAAGUGCCGAAUACUUUGAACGUACGUACGCCGAGACCACUCGGUUCCACGUCGAGUCUAGGAACUACUUCCAAUUAUGCUGCGAGACAAAAUGCACCUGGUUACAAUUAUCCGGAUGUUCAGUAUAAUGUUCCAUAUAAUAGUACGCAAUACGGUCAGUACGGUCAAUAUAAUCAGUACCCCAAUCGAUAUCCGGCAAUUGGAAAUCAAUACGGCCCAAUGAUGUCCAAGCCGAAGAACGAGGCAAUUGCACGCGGCCACCAGCCGAUACCCAAUGAAAAUCUACUUGGCAGAGACUCGAACAUUCAGGAGACGAAAUCAUACACUGAACAAAACCGACAUUUUAGUAGCUCGCAGAAUAAUCCGCAUUAUCCGAAUGGUAAUCUGGAGCAGCGUGUUGAUCAAUAUGGGAACGAUAACGUCGUCAAUCGUUCGCAAAAUGGGGAGGGUCACUCUAUGACGACAUCAGAAGUGCCGCCUAGACCGGCUCUACCUGAAGACACGUUUAAUGAAAGCCCACCACCACCGCCACCCAGCACUUCGACGCAUCCUUUAUAUAAGCAAUCCGAUACGAGGUAUACCGCAAGUAUGCAGGAUCCACCACGAGGUAGUUAUUACCCUGCGGGAGGAAUCAAUGCCAUGCAACAACCGCGUCAGUAUCAGUAUAGCGCGACGAAUCCUUGGCAACGAGAAGAGAGGGAGAAGGAACAAGCCCGUAGAAGAGAAGCCGCUCGACAAUGGCGAGAUCAGCAGAUCGCCGAACUAAGCGCGUUGACGCAUCGAACUCAGCAGCAGGAGGAGCAGCUGCGAGCUCUCCAACUGGAGAGAGACUUCCAGAAACGCGCAGAAGAGAUUGCCAAUCAAGACGAUGACGAGGAGAGCAACGAUUUAGACAACGAGAGUGUACAGCGCGUUCAGGGCUUGCUGAGGAUGGCGGCCAGCCAGGAUAGAACUGUCCAAGGAACCUUACAGCCACCGAUUUUAUCAAGAACAGUCACAGGCAAUCAAUCUAUAAGAGGUGGUUUACCUGUUCAACCUCUUAGCAGCCAAUCUGUUACCAGCAGCCACGCUCAUAUUCUGUCCAACCAAACGGUGUCUCAGAAUGUCGGAAUGAACAGUCCUAGCCAAGAAAACAGCGGCUUGCAUGUGCAAUCAAAUCAGCAACAGCAACAAACGACUAUAGGUCAGAGUGAAGAGCAUGUAUCGACACCUAAUUAUGGCACAUCUCUUAGCCAUUUCAAUUCCGGUCAGAAGUCAUAUUCUAUGGGUACGCCGCAUUCUGUGGAAGACAGGGAAUUGCAACGAAAAAUGGAUGAGGUGAAGCGGAAACAAGUUGAAUACGAAGAAAACCAAAAGAAGCAGGAGGAACAACAAUUGCAAUCGCAGCAACAAACAUAUCAGCCCAGUCAGCAUCCACGCAGUCAGCUUCACCCCAGCAUGUUGCGCUUGGACAAUUUGAUUAUUAAUGGUUCCAACGUAUCUAUGCCUUCACAAAACAAUGUAAACGAUACUGCACCUCCGCCACCCGAACGAGGCUCCAGUUAUGCCGUUAUGUCUCAGCAAAGUGCUCUUAGAUCAAACGGGUCGACUACAUCCAACCUACCUCCUACUUCUCAACAGUCAGCAUCUAUGAAAAGAGUCUCUUUCCAUGAUUCGAAUGCAAAUAGCGAGUCUAUAUUACGCAAUGUAUCAUCUGGAACAUCAAAUCCGCCAUCAAUCUCAAUGGAUACUAUUAGAGAAGAUCCCAACAAUUUUAUCAACGACGCGGAAAAUUUAUUAGCCUCUCCUAAGACACCGGAUGGAUCCGGGACUUCAUUUACUGGCGCAACCCCGGGUGUGAUCGGCGCUCAAGAAGUCUAUAAGGACCCGAGGCAAAAGCGACUGGCGGAGAAGCAGAAACAACAGAACUCACAAAUUGGAGCGGUACCAGAGAAACUUAGUUUCAAGGAGAAAAUGAAGAUGUUUGCGAUGGAAACUGGCGAGGACGGUACACCGCGAGAUAAGGUGAAAAUUUCGCGAGCCCAGCGUGAGAUCGACAACAUCAGUAGCCCGCUUAAUUCCAACAUCCAUAAUAAUAACAACACCACCACCACUAGUGGCAAUAACACCAAUAACAAUAGGACCUAAACGUUGCAUUCUUAUUUUCAGGCUCUUUAGCAAUUAAGAUAGAAUGAAUAUUUUUUUAAAUAUCUAAGGCGCUUGGAGGAAAAUCGUCAUUAUGAACUGCAUAAUUGAAGGAAUGUGAUAUACGUGAAAAAAGGGUAAUCUUUUCAAAAUUUAUAUGAUUUAUUUAUUAAAAAACAGAUAUUACGAUGUUGAUAUAAUGAUACAUUUAUAGAUAUAUAUUUCAAAUUUUAUAAGAAAACUAAUUGUUUAACUGAAGGAGAUAUUGUUAGCAAAAAAAGAAAUUUACACAACUUACAAAACCUACAUUUAUAUUUGCUUUAUUCAAGAGAGUUUCUCAGCCAACUCGUAUGAGACGUAAUAAUUAAGAUUACCGAAUUUCUCUGCCUUAUUUUUCCCCGAACGCUCUGGAUACAUUGUCGUGCGUUUUGUGUCGCGGAUAAGAAGAAAGAGACGUACAGAGAAAUCUGUAUACUACGCAUAGUUGUAGUUUUACGAAGCGAUACAUUUAAUUUUAUUACUAAUGAUAUAUUACACGGAGGGCUACUUUACAUUCAAAAUGAAUCUGAUUAGCCGACGGAGAUUUUUCACACAGUGUUGACAGUACAAAUGGAAUUUUGUAUAGCUCUUUGACCAAAAAUGUUGUGUGUUCUGCGAAGAGAAGGACCAAUAUAAUAACAUAAACGGACGCGACGUUUCGCGACAUUGUUUCGCAACGAGAAAGGAAGCUGUCCGGCCGUUCUCGUGCGUCCAAUAUAUUCCUGAAUACUUCCGGACCAACAUAAUCUUACUAUAAAGAAAUCAAUGUAAUCUGUCGAGACUAAUACGAUAAGCUAAAGAUUGCAAGUACUGAAUAAGCACCUGAGAGGCGGAUUGUUUUGUGAGGAUAGCUCGCGCGAGUGUACAUAAAGAGUAGACAGACAUUAGACCGGGCAACUUGAUUAUCAUACGCGUUAAUUUUAUAUUUAUCUCUCGGCAGCGAAAGAUUCUGAUAUAUAUAUUUAAAUUGUACUACUACUAUAUAUGAUUUACACACUUACGCCAUUAUGCACUGAACAAGAUAUGACAAAGUAGCAAAGGUAGAUAGAAAAUAGAACGGAAAAUAGAAAAAGAGAAGAGAAAAGGAGAACAUGUUCGCAUGAGUGGUAGCGUAUGUAUGUGCGUGUGUAUGUGCGUAUAAAUGAGAAAUGAAGAAUGCGAAUAUAAUGAAAGAUUUAUAUUUAUAUAUAACACGUUCCAGAAGUAUAGCUAUGGCACUAGUUUAGUUCUCGUAUUAAAGCUCCAUUUUGCGUAGAGUUCGAACGACAGUUCUAUUCUUCAGAACUCGAAUGGCAGCCCUACCAUUCUGUAGAACUCUGAUAAAAGCUCCUAGAAUACAAACGAAGGCUCUAUUACAGGCUCUUGUACAGAGCGUAGAAUAAACGCGAUAUGGAUAAUGCAACCGUAAUAAAAAGAUUCCUAUUUUACAGUGUCUCUAUUUGUUCCAUUUAACAAUUUUCUAGAAAACAGAAAUCUUAUGCGGUGCAUUAUCGAUAUUUUAAUGAAUUUAAAUAGCGAGGAACCAAAUUUAGUUCUUGCUAAUCUUUGAAAUAUAAUUAAGAAUUGUUUUCUUGUUUCAUUAGUAGAGUACUUAUAAAGAGAAUUAUUUUUUGUCUAUUAAACUUAUUCUUGUAAAAGCAUUUUUGAUUAAUGUAUAGAGUGAAUCACUUAAGAUGUUUAUUGCAAUAUAUUCAUUACUCACAUAUAUUUUUUAUAUAGAUUUAUAUAAUCAAUUAAUAUUAUUUUUUUAUCGAUUAAUUAAUUGCUUAUUUAGUUUGAGAUCAUGUAAAAAUGAAAAAUAAAUCACGGGAUUCGAAGAUUUAUAUUAUAAUAGUUUUACGUUUUUUAUACACAAAAAAGUAUUGUUGCAAUAUAAAUCUCUGUAUACUGCUGUAAAAUUCAAUAUAUUAAUUUUAUAUUGGAAUAUGAAGAAUUACAGAGAGUGUAAUUAAUUUGUUCUUUAUAAAAUUCUUUAACAUAUUUUUAUUUUGAGCAAUUUUAAAAAAUUUCUAAUAAGAAACAAAGAAUUUUUUUUUAUCACACGUAUGUUAUUUUGCUGUUUUCAUAAUUAUUACUUAUUUUAUAAAAUAAAUGGCUGCAUAUAAUAAAUGGAAUAGGAAACAAUAAAUAAGGAACAGUUGAAUAUUGAAUAAGAAAAAUAUAAAAUGUUCCUUAUUUAAUAUAAUUAACCGUUCUUUUAUUCUGUCUUUUUUAUUCUUUUCAUUAUGCUUUUCAGAAAUAUCAAUUCUUUUUUAGAAAUAUAACUUUUGAACUGUGUUGCGUGUGAUUAGUCGAGAAUUCACAUCUUAAGUGCCUCACUUUACGUAAUUAUACUGUUAAUUGCCUCAAGUGAUCGCUAAAGUGAUAAUUAAAUUGUUAUCGUUGGAUGCGAAAUUCACUCAAUAUAUUUUUUCGCGUAAUUGUAAAACUUUUAAGUUUAAAUGUAUUCGACUCUUUCGCAUCUCGAGUAUUCAUGGAUGUUAAAGCAGUAUUCCAAAAAAGAGAGCUUAGUGAUCUAAUGUGAAGAACAAAGUGUAGCAAUAUUAGGAUGUAAGGAACAAUUUAUGUAGUAACUGUACAAACAAUUGUGGAGAAUGUUCGUUAAUCGAUCGAUCUUGCGUGAUAGAAAUUGCUACGCGAAUCGUUUCGAUUAACGCUGAAGAAGUAUUUUACGUUCUACUCAGUGCUUCGGUAUAUUUGUUAAAAUUAUGCAACAUUUCUCACCGUCCAAUCUGUAUUCUGACAAAGAGAAAUUAUUGGCUGCAUUUGCGUUUCGACAGUAUUCUAAGGAACUCCGAGUAAUGUUUUAAGUAUUAUUUGUGAAGAUAAUUCGAUUUUAACAAUUUUCUUUUUGAAACUUACGAGUAUUAUAAAGCUUAUCUUGCGGCACAGAAAUAGAGAAAAAGAAGAAAGGAAAAGGAGAGAGAAUGAGAGUAUAUGCACAUAAUGCAAUACUAACAUCGCGUAACUAAUAAUAUAAUAUUACUGCAGAUCAGUACUAAUAUAUCUUUGCUUUAUUCGCAUUUUUAUUGUCAUGCACAUUCUCAAAUUUGUUUGUUCAAACUUUUUGCUUGAGAAGCAAAGAGUUUAUUAUGAUACGGAAUAUUUAUAUGAAUGAUUGACGAUUUUCUUUCAAAAACGAUGACUUUUAUAUUAAACUUUUCGCGUAAAUAAAACAUUUAACUUUCUUCAGAUGAGAUUCUGCAAUUAAUUUCCAGCGACUUUAAUAAUUGCUUUCUGUAUCCAUUGAGAGUUUUCAGAAAUGCACUUUUAUCUCAUCUGUCACAUGUAUGUAUGUGUGUGUGUGUGCGUGCGUGCGUGCGUGUGUGUGUGUGUGUGUGUGUGUGUAUUUUUUUCCGUUCUUCAAGAUUCAAUAUUCCGAUCUUUACCAUUCCUUUAUUUGGGAACGCUAGUGAUAAUACUGAGCAGCUUGUUAUAUGAUGUCAUGCGACAAAUUUUGCUCGUGAUCACAACGAAUUUCCACUUUGGGCUGUACGCCGAUCGUACAAUUGUCGCGCAAGCGAGGUUUUAUCGUCCGUAGUCUUAAAUUUUUUAGUUUUAAUCAGCCAUAUCGAGAGCCGAUUGAGUCGACAUUAAUUAAUUAAUAGCGACUAAUUGCAGAGAAUAUUCAAACGUAUUCACGUCGAGGUGAAGCCUAAACUCGAUGUUAAUCAAAUAUAUUAAUAGAUGAGAGAAAAUGAAAGGGAGAAAAAGAGUAAGAAAGAGAGAGAAAAAGAAAGAGAUAAACAAUAAUCGAAGAUUCCCUUAUUGUUGUGUAUAGCAAGCGUAUAUAUUUGCACUAUAUUUUGUAAACCUGUUUUCAUAAUCUAUGGAGAAAAAAUCGAGAAAAGAGCGAUAUUAGUCGGUUGCUAUUCACCGAGAGACACGUCAUGGGGAUGUUAUUAAUCUUACUAUAUUUUACUUAUAGUAUCGAUUGUAAUUUCGCAAAGUACAGUAUAUUUUUUAAUUAUUGUAUCAUGUAAUGUUAUUAGCGAAAUACGAUAUUUGACGGAAAAUAUAUGUCAGCUGUAUUCAACA